AUGGUCUUGGCCACAAGGGCACACUGCUGGCUCAUGGCCGACCUGUCGUCCACCAGGACACCCAGGUUCCUCUCUGCAGAGCUCCCCUCCAGCAGCUCAUCCCCCAACCUGUACCGCUGCAUGGAAUUAUUCCUCCCCAGAUGCAAGACUCUACACUUGCUGUUGUUAAACCUCAUCCCGUUUUUUGUGCCCAGCUCUCAGCCUGUCCAGGUCUUGCUGAAUGGCAGCACGGCCUUCAGCCAAUCCUCCCAACUUCGUAUCAUCAGCAAACUUGCUGAGGGUGGCCAUUAUCCCCUCAUCAAGGUCAUUGAUGAAGAUGUUGAACAAGACCGGACCCAGCACAGACCCCUGAGGAACACCGCUAGUUACAGGCCUCCAACCGGAUUCUGCACCACCAACAACAACCCUCUGUGCUCUGCCAGUCAGCCAGUUCUCAACCCACCUCACUGUCCACUCAUCUAUCCCACACUUCCUCAGCUUUGUUAUAAGGAUGUCGUGGGGGACAGCAUCAAAUGCCUUGCUGAAAUCAAGGUAGACUACAUCCACUGCUCUGCCCCCAUCCACCCAGCCAGAGACAACAUCAUAGAAGCCUACCAGGAGAUGGCAUCCAGCACAGCUGUUCCAUCACCUUUCCAGGGACAGAGCUCUGAAGUGGAGAUGCCUCGAUGGCAGCACUUGAUGGCCUGGUUCGGCCCGGUUCCAUGAGCAGCAGGGCGGAAAAGGGAAACAGGGGAUCCCAAAAUGAUUGAAAACAGUGGCAACGA